AUGAAGCGGGGGCCGCGCACGCCUAAGAAGCCAGCGCCAGCCAAUCAGCGCGGCGCGCCGCCCAGCCUCCGCCCCCCAUUGGCUGCGCCCGAAACUCCCGGGCCGCGGACCGCCGGACUGACCCGCGGCCGGCCCCCUCCGCCGGCGGGCCCCCUCCCAGCGCCCUCCCGGCGGCCCCUGCUGCCAACGCCGCCCGGGACCCUCGCCCCCGGCCGGCCCCUGCGCCCCUUCCUGCGGGCUCUCGGAAGCCCCACCUCCUUUACCGCGGGUCGCGGUCAGUCCGAGUCCAGCUCCCAGCCUGACCGCUCCUUCUCCCAACUCGGGCGCUGGCUGGGCGGCGGGUGGGAGGGCUCCGAGGGCCGCUGCGGGACAGCCGGAGCCGAGGGCCUAGAAGGCACCUGGGCCCCAAGUACGCGGCCGCUCGGGGCUAUGCUUGACCGGGGGGGAGGUGGCCAGGCCGGCGGCUCCAGAGAGGGGGAGGCGGUGUCCCCUCCCCGGGCGUGGCCUUCGCAGACCCCCCGGCCGAACUGCCCGGGGCGAGGCGGUGGAGCCGGCCCUGGCGCCGGCGCGGGCUCGAGGGAGACGCCUCGGGCAGGAGAAGGCAUUUUUUUCCUCCCGCGGGUCCCUGAGGCGGACCCAGGGGAUGGGGCGGAGGUGGCCUUAGGACUCUGUCCCCUGAGUCACCUGGAGUCGCCCUCCGCACACCUCCCGCCCCCAGGCCCGCUGCGUGGGUCGAGGGGGCCGGACGCACCGAGGUCUUUGCUUCCCCCACCCUCGGUUGUUCGGAUUGGGGAGACGAGGGCUCGGAGGGAGCCUCACACCGAGGAUGGGGUGUGCCAGGCGCACACCUGGGGGGGAGCCUGGACAGGUGCGGGUUGCCGGGGGAGGCACCGACGGCCUCCAGCCACUGUCCCCUCGCUGGGCACAGCGCUCGCAGUGCACAAGUCCAGAGGGAUCCCAGCAGCGCGUAACGUGAGAUCGCCACGGAGCCUACCGGAGCCUCUCCAGGACGCCGCGGCCCGGGAGAUACCCCGCGCUGGGCACGGCCGCUCGCGGAGCUCGAACCCCGGACCCCGCGCGAGGCCGAGCGGCCGCUGUCAGCCGGUCGCGGGGCCGGGAACGCCGGAGCCGAGCGGAAGCUUCUCGGCCGGCAGCGACCAGCGCCGCAGAUCGCAGGGAAGUGGCCGCGCAGGGCCCUCGACAAAGCAGGGGCAGAGAGAAGCGCAGCAUCCACGUCCAGUGGCAGCUGGAGCCACAGAGCAGAGAGAGCCAGCCAGCGACGCCACCCGAGACGGAGCUGAGCGGAAAGACCCUGGCUGCCCCCUUCCUCCCACCCUCCUGGGCUCCCAUUGGCUGAAUGCACAGGAACCCAGCUGUGAAGGGGAAUCCACCUGUGAGGAAUUCUAGGGGUAGGCAUUUGACCUAGGAGUUAGGAUGUCGCCUGGGAUACAUCAGAGCACUUGGGUUCAACUCUUGGCUCCGCACCCAAUUCCAGCUUUUUGCUAAUGAGCACCCUGGGAGGCCAUGGUGAUGGGUCCCUGCCAUCCUUGUGGGAGACUCAGAUGAAGUCCCUGGCUCUGGCCCUGCCCAGCCCUGGCUGUUGCAGGCACUUUGGGAGUGAAUCAGCAGAUGGGAGCUUUCUCUCUCUGUUUCUCUACUAGUUAA